UCAUUGUUUCCGCUUCCACCUCAGAGAAGCCUCACGCCUCCUCAUAUCUCAUUUGAGUGUUUGUGUGUGUGUGUGUGUUUAUUUUGCACUAAAAUCUCUGCAGUACUUGUAGUUUGAGCAGCCAGGAGCUCGAGGAGAGUUUUUCUUUUCAUAACAAUGGGAGACAUCGAGGCUCCCAGCUCGAACCGGCCGCCCCAGGCUGUCCUGAAGUCUAUUCUUCCCAGCAAAGAGUUCGUCACAUCCAGGAAAGGAAUGCUGCUUAUUGCUGAAGUGGGUCUGUCCUUUAUAUCAUUCGUGUGCUUCGCUGGAUCCUCGGCAGCAGCAUUUGUGACCGUCCCCCUGCUGGCAUUCCUGGCUUCUCUCUUCUUGCUGUUUGGUUACUCCACCAAAUUCAACGAGAGGUUUAAAGGUUUCUGCUGGCCUCUAACGGAUUUCAUUAGAUGCGUGACUGCCUCCAUUGUCUUUUUCAUCAUCUCAAUAAUGGCAGUGUCCAGAUACUCAGACGGUUCCUCAAAGGCUGCUGGGAUAUUUGGGUUCAUCGCCACCAUUGUUUUUGCCGUAGAUUUUUAUUUCAUUUUUAAUGAGCUGGCCAGUUUCUUGAAACAAGGAGGGGAGUCCAACGAGGAACCGUCAAGACAGCAAGAUGAAUUUUCAGACUCUGACUCAGACUGAAACUGUGGGGAUCUUUGGCAGAAGAUGUGUGAUCAUGCAGUCUUAACCUUUGUAGUAAAAAUCAACACUGCCGAGCGGAUAUUUGCAAACACCUGCCUGGUUUUUGUGCAACAGAGUUACAGAAGGACACUGUGUAUCAAGGUCAGACUCAUUGUUGGUCAGUUUCAAGUCACCAAACACGAACAAAGAAGGUUAUAGUGCAAUUCACACAUUAGAAAAAAUACUUUUUAAACUGAUGCAUCAAACACGCUAGCCUUCUGUUUUAUUGGUUGUUGCACAAAGUUUAUAAAACACGUUCUUAUCUUUUUUCAUGUUCAAAUUUACUUACAGUGUCUUAGAUCGAUUGCAAAAAAUGUAAGAGCUACUAUCACUCCAACACUUUCCUGAAGCUGUGAAACUGUUUCUGCUCAUGUUAUGGAGAAGCAGUUAACAUCAAAAUGUGCGUGCAUUAUGUCGAAAUCAGGGGAAAAUAUUCUAGCCCUGUUUACAUGUAUGCACACUAGAACACUGCAAAAGUCCUUAUUGAAUAAAUGUUUACCAGUGUAAUAAUAAUGUAAUAAUGCUGUAACAGGAAUUCAGACCAGGAGGCCUGCUUAAUUAUCGUUUUAUUAAAUUGACAGCAUUAUGUUUAUAACCCUGUUUCCUAAAAAGUUUGCACACUGUGUAAAAUGCAAAGAUAUGCAAAUAAUAUAAACCCUAUAUUUAAUUUUAAGCAUCAGACGCUGCCUUUCAGAAUUCUUCUUAUUUACUCGAAAGCAGUAGGCUCAUUUAGAGUUUGAUUACAGCAAAGCUUUUCCAAAGAAAACUGUAAACUGUAUUUUUGUUUUCUAGUGCUCCAAAUGUUUUUAAUAGAUGUCAGGUCUGGUUUACAAGCGGGCCAGUUCACCACCCAGAAUCUUUUAAUAUGGAGCCAUGCUGUUACAGUAUGUACAGAAUGUGUUUUGGCCUAGUCUCGCUUAGUAAUGCACGGCAUUACCUGACACAGCACAGCUGGAUGGAAGCACGAGUCACUUCAAAACCUGAUUUAUCAUUCAGCAUAAAUGAUGCCUUCACAGAUGUGCAACUAUACCACUAAGGGAGCCUACAGGCCUGCCCCAGGCUCCCUUUUGACUUUAUUUUUCCAAUUGACUUGAGUCUAUAUUAAAUAAACUAUGCUCAUAGAAUUUAGAAACAUUUUUUGCCGCUUGUUUGAAUGUUUUUUUCUUACUUUGCGUGGUAAAUUUGUGGUUAUUAUAAUAACCACAAAUUUACCACGCAUGGGCUUUGGGUAGACACUAUAGUGUCUACCCAAAGCCCAUGCAUUGAUUUCCAUUAUAGAACUAAGGAUCACAAACAUUCGGUACUGGUUUCCAGCCUUGUCCAGAUUUCUCUGGAUCAGGUGAUCCCUUUCCUAACUUUACUUCUGAAAGACUCUGUUUCUCUGGGAUGCUCUUUUCAUAUAUCGUGUUUCUAAUUAACCUAAUGUGUUGAGCACCAAAUUUUUUUUCUGGAUUGCACAAAUUUACAAAAUGUUCCCAUCUGUUAUUGCCCCUGUAAUGACAGCUUUGUAACAUUUUACUGGGAUAAAACUCAAAAUUAGCUCACAUAAAAAACAAAAGUUGCUUUUACCCAUCUAAAUUAAAUAAAGCUAAUUUUGGCUUGUGCCUUAUUUAAGAGUGGUCGCCAGAGCACGUAGCAACACACGUGUGAUUUGGUAGGUCUGUUUUUGGUUUUUUUUCUUGUUGCAACCCCAAAGGGUUUGUGUCUCCUCCUUUUCAGGGUUUAAACGAGCUACAAUCAAUUUCGUUCUAUUUUUAUUCACAUUUUUCACAGUGUUUAGACAUUUCAGGAAACAAAGUUAUAAAAAUUUUUGUAGCCUAUACUAUAUUACAAGAAGAGAAUGGUUGGCUGGUUACAACCUCUGUCCAGCUGUGGUAGAUUUACAAAAGCCUAUUUUACAAUCUGAGGAUAACCUUUGUUUAUCUUAUGUUUAUUUCCUCAUAUGAGUUUCUGUGAUGUGCUUGAAGACAUUAGAAAUCAUGCUACUUUGACACACUUACUAAGGUAACACACUUUGUCAACUUCCUACUCUAUUUUUGUUUGUGUGCUAUUUCUUCAUAUGUGCAUAUGUGUGCGUGUGUGUGCAGUUCAUUAAAACCAUUUCAUGCAGUAUUACUUUGAGAAAUUCUACAUAUCUGCUAUAUAAAUCGUUGCAUGUUUUUUUUUUGUACCGGUAUGUGUGAUGUAUGAUUUCUCUCCAUUCACUGCCACUACUGACAAAUUAGAUGCACUAGAAUGCCACAGUGACUGUUAAUGAAAUCUACGGCAGACUACACGAGUGCUACAACAGCACUGAAUUUAAAACAACAGACUGGGAAUUGGCCACCAUGGCAUUUCCCACAUUUUUCAGUUAACUGGUGCAUCGAGUACGGUAAAAAUUUUAUGGAUUUGUUACAGCUGUAGCUUCAUGUUUUAAAGUUGAGUGGAAAUAAAUGAACAAAAUGAGAAAAAUACCUUGCAGGUCUAUGCAAAAUAAGAGCUAAGAUUUCCAUGAACCCACCUGCAGUGAUGUUAUAGAUCGUUUAUCCCCUUUGAAAAGCAAGAAUGUCAAACGCAUUUUAUAUUGCAAGUCCACUUUGAUCUUAUGUGGGUUGGACCGGUGAAAUUCCAAUUUCUCUGUGUAAAAAGUUUAACUGUGCAUUUACUCAUUGAAAUAUCUGAAUAUAACACAAACAUAAGCAAUUUCAACAUUAUGUCUCAGUUUUUCAGCUGUUGUGGUAAAUAAAAGAAAUCUUUCAGCAUGACUCUUCAAGCUUAGAUUGUAAGAAAUAAUGUGUAAAAUUACAGAAAUCUGUAAUUGAAUUACUUUGGUGUAAUGUGACUGGCCAUGGGUAGGAAAAACUGUAAACUGUGCUCUCCUGCACAUUUUCCAAAGUCAUCCAAUGGGCCUGAUUGGGGUCUUUGCUGGGCGAAUUCCCGCCCCCAAGCCUUAUGUUUGACACCCUUGUCCUAAAACUUAACUUUAAACAUGCUUAAAAAGGUAACACGGGUACAGACAUUGUGAAAGUGUACAUUUCAAACAUUCCAGAAUGGUUUUAAAUGAUUUAUUCUUUCCAAGAAGUAGGAGAACCUUCAGUUUAUUUGGAACAUUCAAACAACAUCCCCACACAGUACCAUUUUAUAAACGGGUACCUUUGUAAAAACCAGUGUAGCUGUAUGUUGCCUGCUUGUUUAUUUUUUGUUUGGUUUUGGAUUUUUUUGCAAAAAAAAAAAAGUUUGAAUAAAAACCUGUCUUCGUUUCAAUAAUGUCAAUAUAAA